AUGGCUGUCAGUACAUCUUCGACUGCUGGCAUUAUUGGUGGCAGGAACCCCUUGGAGUAUUCCACGUCGCAGCCGUAUACUCUGUUUAUAUUUCAGACGAUAUUCAUUGUGAUUCUAGCUCAAAUAGUGUACCGCCCCUUAUCUCUCAUCAAACAGCCCAAAGUUAUUGCGGAAGUGAUAACUGGAAUUCUGCUGGGACCAAGCGUGAUGGGUCACAUUCCGAAUUUUACUUCCACUGUGUUCCCAACAAACUCUAUUCCUGGUUUGACUUUGGUCGCCAAUGUCGGUGUCUGUCUCUUGCUAUUCAUGGUAGGAUGUGAAGUUGAUGUUGUGUUCAUCAAAAAGAAUCUUAAGAUCGCGGUUUCUGUUGGCUUGUUUAAUAUGGCUGUGCCCUUUGGCCUUGGAUGUGCCAUCGCAGUCGGUCUUUGGAACGAAUACAGAGUCCAUGAUGAUAGCUUGCAACCAAUCAAAUUCACCACCUUCAUGGUUUUCAUUGCCGUUGCAAUGUGUAUUACAGCAUUUCCUGUACUUGCGCGUAUUAUUACUGAGCUUGGGCUGGUCAAAGACCGUGUGGGUGUUCUAGUGUUAGCUGCGGGAAUUACAAAUGACCUGGUUGGGUGGAUACUUCUUGCUCUCAGCAUCACAUUGGCGAACUCCACGAAAUCAGAAGUUACAGCCUACAUUUGUCUGGUCACAAUUGGCUGGUGUUUAUUCGUGGUGUAUCCAGUUCGCUAUGCUUUGAGAAAAGUACUAUUAUACUUGGACGACAUCUCAAAUGGACCAUCGCAAUUGGGUACCACGAUCAUCCUUAUGCUCAUGUUUGCAUCAGCUUUCUUUACAGAUAUAAUUGGUGUCCAUCCCAUUUUUGGAGCAUUCGUCGUGGGAACGAUUGUACCUAGGGAAAACAACUAUGUCAUCAUCCUUACAGAAAAGAUCGAAGACCUUGUGAACAUUGUUUUCGUCCCACUCUAUUUUGCACUUGCCGGUCUUAGUGUCAACUUGGGCUUGCUCAACAAGGGAAUUGACUGGGCUUAUAUCGUUUGCAUUAUUGUGGUAGCAAUGUUGGGUAAGAUUUUCGGAGGAUUUGUGGCGGCUCGUUUCUUUGGACUCUUUAAAAGAGAAAGUCUCACUGUUGGUGUCUUGAUGUCCUGUAAAGGAAUUGUUGAGAUUGUGGUUCUUAACACGGGUCUGAAUGCAGGAAUAAUAUCUCAGAAGACAUUUUCGAUGUUCAUCGUUAUGGCAUUGGUGACGACGUUUGUUACCACACCAUUGACUUUGUUGUGCUAUCCCCAGUCAUACAGGGAUUCAGUUCAACGAAGACUUGCUGAACAGGAAGAUAGGUCUGCUUCUUUGACAACAAAGGCAUCAACUACUAAUGAAUACGAAGACAUUGUUUUUAGAAGGCUGGUGUUGAAUGCCAACAAUGUUGAGAAUAUAUCAACUGAUUUGGUUUUCCUGGAUCACCUGGCAAUUCCAGAGCACAUUCCUGUCCAUGCUGUGAACGUUAAGUCCUUAAGUGAGCGGACAGCAGAUUUGCUCUACGCUUCGAUGCUGAAAGGAGAACAAACCGGUGAUAAUUUCCAGCUGAAUGCAAUUCUCAACAUCCUCAAAAUCUUUAGCGAAUUGAGUUCACUACAGUUCACAUCUGAAAUUCUGUAUAGUCUGCCGCAGGAUCAGUUCAAAACUCUACUUUACGGCGUUUCGUAUUUCAAACAUGACCUACUCAUACUGACAAUGAACCUCAAGGAGUAUCAAAGAAACAGGCCAUUGGUCAGCGAAAUGAGCAGACUGGAUAACAAAGACAUCUACAGGUGCUUUUUCGUUAACAAUAAUGAAGAUGUGGCUCUCAAAAGUGAUAUAUCAGGGUCCGUGAUUGAUACGAAAUCCCAAUUUUCAGCCGAUACCAUUUUGAACCCAAACUCUUUCGAGAUUCGCUCGCUUACACUCACUAUAUCGAAUUCCACUGUCUCGCAACAAGACCUGAUAGCACUCAAACUAUUCAGUGUAUUUGUUCGGCACAAAGGAAUAGAUAGCUCGCGUAUAAUUAUUCACAGAGACAAUGUGAUACUUGCUACCAUACAAGAGGAUGCUACUUUGGCGAAAAACUCUAAAAUCACCAUCAUCGCUGGAGAGUUUGAUCACGAGCCUAAUGAUGAAUACGUCAGCAAGCCAGCAAACGAUCUGUCAAUCAUCACGUAUAAAGAUGGAUGUGAAGAGCUGAUGGACCGUUUAUUGUCCGAGAAUAACAAGGUGUUGGUUGUGUACUAA